UCUGUCCUUGGCCCAGUUGGCAGUGAGAGGUGACUGCUGUAGUGGGUGUUGUGACUUGCCUGUCUGUGUUGUGGGUUGCGUGUCAGGUACUAUGGCAACGGCAGAGUACAUAGUUCAUCCAGCAGGAUGGUUGAAGAGGAACAGUUACCCACCGUCUCCACUGAGCUCAGGACAGCAACACGAAAACACAUCCAGAAGAAGAAGAAGAAAGUCCACAAAGAGCCAGCGGAGGGGAUCAACGACCGUUCCACUGAGACCAGCAGCAACAGAGGCCCAGAACCUGUAGACCCCUGCAGUGUAACUCCAGUCCCCACGUCCGUGUCCCACCUGUCCAGCUCCCUGAGCCAGCACCUCCCCUUCCCUGCCUUCCCCCUCCGGGCCUCCCUCCAGUCUGGCCCCGUGCUGCCCGCCGGGCCCCCUGCUGAGUAUCACUCUGACUCUGCAGAGUCCCUGGAAGAGAUCCCCGUGGCGCUGGCACGACUGGGCACAUCCGCCAUGGCCGGGACGUCUAUGGGUACGACCGCCUCGACCGCUGCUGCUGGAUCGUCUUCUCAACGCUCUCUACUGCUGCCUGCAGUCCAAGCCCAUCCCUCGCCCCAGCCCCAGCCCCGGACCAAGAGGAAGGCCUCCACACACAGCAGCAGGACGUGGGGAGGGGGGGAGCAGAGGUUUGAGAUGGCCGCCCAGCCUCCUACGGUGUAUGUUAGUAGGAGUAGUGGACAGCCGGGGGGAGCCGAGCACCGGGAGGACAAACACAGCAGCAGGCAGGCCAGCAGGAGAGGCCUGGAGCAGUCUGGUCCUGGGCCCAGCUCCAGGGCAGGCACCCCACUGGCCUAGACUAGCUCCCCCAGGAUCGACCACUGCACCCUGGGCUGGGCCCACCACUGGGUCCUGGUUCUGGAGGGCUGGCUGUGUAACUGACUGGCUGUCUGACUGGCUGGCUGGCUGGCUGGC